AUGUCAGAAAAGAUUUAUGCUUCUGAUUGGGCGAAAUCGCCAAACAUUUCUCAAUUAGUUAACAAUUGUAAAGAAAAUUAUAGUGAAAAUAAUGACUAUAGUCAGACAGAUGAAUCUUAUUAUGCUACACCAAUUUUUGUUACAAAUUUAAAUAUAUCAAAAAAAAAUAAAUCGUCAAAUAAUUAUUCAUCGAAUGUAAGCUCAGAGUUAACGAAUUAUCCAAUUUCUAAGCAAUCUAAUUUAAAUAACAAUGAAAAUAUAAGAAUACCAAAAUAUUCAAGUAAUAAAAAAAAUAAUGGAAGCGUAAGUGCUUCAACUACCACAUCAACAGGAUUAUUAUUGCCGUAUAAAAAAAAGAAAAGAAAAGGAUAUUGCUGUUUUGGUUUUUUAACACGAUGUGAAUGUUUUUUACUUAUAUCAUGCUUUCUUCUGGUUCUUUUAUUAUUGUCUGUCUCAUUAUUUUGGCUGGUUUUAUUACAUGGAUAUCGACUUUUUACUGAUGGUUUCAAUCCAUGGGCCACUUCAAGUCAAAUUUUUAAACAAAAUAUGUCAUUUGAUAUCACAGCUGUUCAUCAUCAUAAAGCUGUUUGUACAUCAAAAGAUUGUGUUUCAAUUGCUGCAUUCCUUUCAUCAAAUUUAAAUCCAAAAAUAGAUCCUUGUGAUGAUUUUUAUGAAUUUGCAUGUGGAAAUUAUCAUUUAAAUCAGGAGUUACCAUUAAAUAAACCAAUACGUCAUACCAUAUUUGAUGUUCAAAGUAAAUUACAAAGACAAUUAAAAAGAAUGUUAGAAGAACCAAUAAAACCUAGUGAUAAAAGUUGGGAUAGAUUAACAAAAAAAUUUUAUAUGAAAUGUAAUGAUGAAAUAUCGAUGACAAAAAAUAAUGAUAAUUGGGAGGAAUGGCCACAUACUUGGGAAUAUCAAUUAGGUGAUGCAUUAAAUAAAACUGGAUUAAAUGCAGCUAUAAUAGAGAUAACUGUUAGUCAAGAUCCUAAAGAUAGUGAUGUUCAUGUUAUUGAAAUUGAUCAACCAAAAUGGGGAAUGGGUGUACGAUGGCCAUAUAUACCAGGUCAUCAGGGUAUGUUAGCUAAUUAUACAGAAUUAUUAAUUCAAGUAGCUGUUAAUAUGGGAGCUACAAGAGAAAAAGCUGAAAAAGAUAUGAAAGAAGUUCUUGAAUUUGAAAUGCAACUUGUUAAUUUUUCUGUUGAUGAGAUGACUAGACGUGAACCACAAAGAGCAAAUAAUAGAUUUCAAUUAUGGCAAAUUGAACAAAUGUAUCCUAAUAUAAAAAUGGGAGAUUAUAUUAAACGCGUUUUUACAGGAAUUUGUGAUAUUACACCAAAUGAAACAUUAAUUAUUAGAGAAGUAUCAUAUUUAAAAGGAAUUCAAUUUGUUAUGUCAAAUACUCCUAAAAGAGUUAUUGCAAAUUAUCUUGGUUUUCGUUUUAUUCAUUCAUAUAAAGCUUUUCUAUCAAUUCAUGAUCGUGAACCAUUUUAUAUUUUUAGAAAAAAUCAAACAGAAAUGACAACAAUGAUUCCAACAGAAAGAUGGGAUGAAUGUGUUUCAUAUACAUCACAAGUUUUAGAUAUGCCAUUAGGAAAAAUGUUUGUUGAACAAUUUUUUGUUCGUGAUUAUGCUAUGAAUAAGAUGAAUGAAUUAACUGGAUAUUUAAAAGAAUCAUUUUUAAGAGAACUUCUUAAUGCAGAUUGGAUGGAUUCAAAGACAAAAGAAAGAGCUUUAAAUAAAGCUGAAAAUAUUGAAUAUAAAAUUGGUUAUCCGGAGACAUUAUUUAAUGAUACAUGGAUGCAACAAUAUUGGGGAGAUAAAAUUCCAUCUGAUAGAGAACCAAUUUUACAAUUAACUAUUAGAAUUAAAAAUAAAAGAAAUUUAGAUGAAUUAAGAAGAUUAAAGAAACCUGUAGAUAGAUCAUUAUGGUAUCAAGGACCUGCCCAAGUUGAUGCUUUUUAUGCACCAAAUUUAAAUGAAAUGAUUUUUCCUGCAGGAAUUAUGCAAUUUCCAUUUUUAACACCUGGAGUUCCAAAUUAUAUAACUUAUGGUAUGGUAGGAGCUGUUAUUGGUCAUGAAGUAUCACAUGCUUUUGAUGAUCAAGGUGGUCGUUAUGAUGAAAAAGGUAAUCUUCAUAAUUGGUGGGAUAUAGAAACUAUAAAUAAAUUUUAUACUAAAGCUGAUUGUUUUAUAAAACAGUAUGAUUCAAUAAAAAUUGAAGAAGUUGGAAUAAAUCUUAAUGGUCGAUUAUCAUUAGGAGAAAAUAUUGCAGAUAACUCAGGUCUUAAGACAGCAUAUGAAGCUUAUUCAUUAUGGUUGUCAAAUAGUUCAUCAUCUGAACCAGCAUUACCAGGUUUACAAAAUUUUUCAUCAGAACAAUUAUUCUUUUUGGCUUAUGCAAAUAAUUGGUGUAGCAUGGUUAGAUCUCAACAUUAUUUUCAAUUAAUUAUGACUGAUCCACAUGCUCCAGGAAAAUAUAGAGCUAUAAUUCCAUUACAAAAUAGACCUGAAUUUGCAAAAGCAUACAAUUGCCCAUCUGGUAGUCCAAUGAAUCCAUAUAAAAAAUGUUCUGUAUGGUAA